UCCAGCACGAAUCCUCUUCCUCUAUCGCGGCCUCAUGGCAAUGGCAGCGAGAGCGGAGGCGCAAGGGCCGCAAGGAUGGCUUGCUUUGGCGCUGCUUUGGUCAUGCCUGACCCCAGCACAGGGAUUCUUCGAGGAGUUGUUCGGAGGCGGCGGGGGUGGCAUUCACUUCGAGAUGGGCGGAGGCCGACGAGGCCCUGAGCCUGUGCAAUGGCCCCCCGGCGUGUCCGACGAGGCAUCUAAGACGAUGUCCUGGUUGAAGGGUACUGAGUGGCAAUGGAACAACGACGGCUUCACCCUGAAGCUUUCGAGGGAUGGGGACAUUGAUGCGCCCAUCCAGCAGUGCCAGCGGGGUUGCAAGUGGACGGCGGAGAAGGGGAAGCUGUACCUCUCCAUCGGCAGCGCCGGGAUCUUCGAGCUGAAUGCGCCAGAUCCGAAGCCUGCAAGAAUGGAGGGGCAACGGCUGAAAGGCUUCUCCAGGCGGAAUUCUCGAGAGCGACUAACGCUGACCUUCCACCGCAUCUAUGACCACGAGGCUGUAGACCUGGACAAGGACCUCUACGAAGUGCUGGGCAUCCCGGAGGAUGCCGAUGAGGCCACCAUCAAGAAGGUCUACAGAAAGCUGUCCAUUCAGUACCAUCCAGAUAAGAACCCGGAUGAGGCAUCCAAGGCGCGAUUCGCGGAGGUCCGCGAUGCCUAUGAGAUCCUCAAUGACCCCGAUAAGAAGAUCCUCUACGACACAGGCGGCAUGGGCGCGGUGAAGGACUCGGAGAAGGGGAAGAUCGAGUCCACCGGGGACUUGAACUCCGAGAUCGAGGUGGGAUUGGAGGACUUCUAUCUGGGGAACCAAUUUCAGGCCAUGGUAAAGAGGGGCAUUGUGUGCCGGGGCUGCCGCAAGCACCCAGACUCCCCCAACUGCAAGGGCUGCGGAAGAUGUAAGAACCAGAUCAAGGUGGUGCAGGUUCAAAUGGGACCCUUCCUCACCCAGCAGCAGCAGGAAGUGCCCAGCAAGGAGAAGUGCAAACAAGUGGAUGCCCCGCUGGAUGUGCACAUUGAGAAGGGGAUGUCCAGCGGGGACUCCCUCACCUUCCCGCGCAUGGCUGAGGAGCGGCCAGGCAUGCUUCCAGGCAGCGUGAUCCUGAAGCUCAAGGCAAGGAAGCACCCCAAGUUCCAACGCAACGGGAACGACCUCCACACCGACCUGACCAUCAGCCUGAAAGAGUCUCUGCUGGGCUGGACACGCACGCUCACCCACUUGGAUGGACACGCAGUCGAAGUGAAGCAGAUAGACUUCACAACAAGACAUCUCCAGGUGGUCAAGGUGCGUGGUGAGGGUAUGCCACUCCGGGACGACCCCGCGAGCUUUGGGGAUUUGCAUGUGAAGGUCUCAGUGGAUUUUCCCAAGCAGCUCACCAGGGAGCAGCGAGAUGCAAUCGCCCAAGUCUUCCCAGAUGGCCGACAAGACCUAUGAAAGCUUCAACCUCCGACCUCGAUGCUCGGCUGGGAUGGCAGUGGUGCCAUGUGUCCAAACCCGUGCUUGCGGGCUUUCAACAAGAGAACUGCCGCUUGUGGAGUGGAGAGAUG